AUGUCUUCAAAUAAUCAAAAGACGAGUUACAGCCGAUUUGCCUGUAUUGGAACUGGUCUUUCCGGUAUUGGCCUAGGUGCAACCCUGAAGCGAUGGUAUAACCUCGACGAUAUUCAUUAUUUCGAACGCCAAAGCCAACCUGGCGGCACAUGGUUACAAAACCAGUAUCCCGGCUGCGCGUGCGAUGUCCCCAAUGUGCUCUAUAGCUUCUCGUUCGAGCCGAACCCAGACUGGACACGUAUCUUGGCUAAACGAGAGGAGCUAUAUGAGUACAUCAUGGAAGUCGCCAAAAAGCACCAUCUUCUGGAUAAGAUGACUUUUGGGGCCCAGGUUGAGAAGUGUGAAUGGUUCGAGGAGCAAGCUCGAUGGCGAUUAACCAUUCGGGAUCUGGAAACAGGUUCCCUCUUUUCCCACGAAUGCCAGUUCCUCUUCUCAGCAACGGGCUUAUUUUCUAACCCACGGGAGCUGGAUAUCCCCGGUGUCAAGUCUUUCAAGGGGCCUAUCAUUCAUUCAGCAAGGUGGCGACACGAUGUCGAUCUCACCGGAAAGCGGGUAGUGCUUUUCGGUAACGGCUGCACAGCUGCGCAGAUCGUGCCAAACGUCCUCCCUAAGACAAAGGACCUCACGCAGAUCAUUCGAUCUAAGCAUUGGAUCCUCCCUCCAAUCGACGGGCCGACUUUGGAUGUGCUACGGUGGGUGAUGAAGAACAUUCCCGGCGUCCAGAGAUUACUCCGUGUCCUGGUGUUCCUCGAGACGGAGCGGCAAUACAAACUUUUUCAGAUGACCGACGCGGGAGCACGUGUACGUGCAAAGUUCAGAGAGACAGCCUUGGCAUACAUGAAAAAGACAGCACCUGCCAAGUAUCACGGCCUACUUAUCCCUGACUUUGAGUUUGGAUGCAAAAGACGCAUCUACGACUCCGGUUAUCUUGAGAGCAUUCAUGCUGAGAGCUUUAGCCUCACAGAUAAACCAGCUACUGAAAUCACGCCAGAUGGGGUUCGAGUUGGAGGUCAAGUCAUCGAGGCAGAUGUUAUUGUACUCGCAAAUGGUUUCGAGACGGGUGGCUUCCUGAAGGGCAUCGAGGUGAGAGGAAGAAACAAUGAGAAUCUACAUGAACAUUGGGAGCGAUAUGGCGGAGCAGAAGCAUACAACACGACAUCUGUCAGCGGGUUCCCGAACCUUUUUCUUCUCUACGGACCUAACUCGGGCGUUGGCCACACUUCCGCCAUCAUAGCUCUGGAAAAUGGCAUCAACUAUUCCCUGCGGGUCAUCAAGCCCAUACUAGAUGGCAAAGCUAGCAUUGUCGAUGUAAAGUCGGACGCCGAGAGUCAAUGGGCAGACAGUAUGCAGACCGGCGUUAAGUCAACGGUCUUCUAUUCCGGUUGUACCAACUGGUUUGUCGAGACUAAAAAGAACGGCAAACGGUGGAACGCCACAGUCUACCCUUACUCCCAGGCGAGUUUUUGGAGAAGAAGCCUCUUUCCCGUCUGGAAAGACUUUGAAUUUUCUGCCGAAAUAUCUGGCGGCGACUGUUCUUGA